AUGGUCGGCGUUAAAGUGAUCAGGAGUGAUUCGGAAUUUCUACCGGAGCUAGCGGCCGCCGGCUCCAGGCUCACAGUGGUAAAGUUCACAAUGGCCGGAUGCCAGCCAUGUAUCAGAAUAGCACCAGCAUUCAACAUGUUGAGUAACAAGUAUCCCCAAGCCGUCUUCCUUGAAGUUGAUGUCCAUGUCUGUCCGGCGACAAAGGCAGCCAACAACAUAUCAGCCACACCGACAUUCUUAUUCUUCAGGAACCGGGAGCGGUUGGAGCAGUAUCAAGGUGUGGAUGCUGUUGGUUUAGAAGAGAAGAUCAAACAACUCACAGAGAGUGAUCUAGGAAGUGGCGAGGAUGCUGACAUUCCAAAGGGAUAUAUGGACCUCAUGCCUUUCGUCAACAAAGCUGGCUGUGAAUGUCUCAAUGAGAGUGAUGACUGUGGCUUUGACAAAUGCUUAAGUAAAGACUCUUCUUACCUGGAGUCAGACUGUGAUGAACAGUUGCUGAUAACGAUUGCCUUCAACCAACCUGUGAAGCUCUUCUCUAUGAAGCUACAAUGUUCAGACUUUGCACAAGCACCUAAAGUGGUGAAGAUAUUCAUCAAUCUCCCAAGGUCUAUGGGUUUCGAUGAUGCAGAGCGAAAUGAAGCCACCCAAACUUUGGAGCUGGCAGAAGAAGACUACAAAGAUGAUGGAAUAAUUCCAUUGCGCUACGUCAAGUUUCAGAAUGUGCAGAGUGUAACUUUGUUCAUCAAAUCAAACCAAGGAGAUGAGGAGACCACAAAAAUUAACUACCUGACAUUUAUUGGUAACCCAGUACAGGCCACCAAUAUGAAUGACUUCAAAAGGGUCGUGGGAAAGAAAGGAGAGAGUCAUUGA